CUCAACAGCCUCACACGAGUUCAACCUUGCAAGCCAACAAGCCGGUUCCUUCACCUUGACCAGAAUCAUCUAAACGCUUCAAGAUGCAGCUCCCCAAGCUCGUCGCCCUCGCCCUGCUCGCCGCGACCACGGCGGCUGACUAUGUGGACGUCACGACCAUCUGCAACUCAUGGGGUGGGGGAUGCAGCAGCUACGGGAUAUGGCACACGGCUUAUGGGCGAUUCGACGUCGAUUUUAACGAAGGCUGCCGGGACCCGGAUGUUCCGUCCUUGAACUGGAUGUGCAUCGACUGGCCCAACCAGAGGGCCCAUUUUAAUUUCGAUGGCCAGCCCAAGCGCUGCCUUGUGAAGAUGACGGAGGAGUACCAGCCAACUAUUCGCCUCUCCCGCUGGGACGAGGUUGGGUGCUAUUGGUGAUCAGCUGGAGGCAAUUCAACGGAGGAGGUGGAGG